AUGAAGUCCCCAUCGUUAGCGUUGAUGGACAACGACGGUCAGCUGAAACGAUGGGCUAGAAGAUUUCCCUCUUCCUCUGCAGCUUCGAAUUUAUUAGUAUUCAAUUUAUCAGGCAGUGAACCAUCUACUGUAAGAACUAACCAUUUCUUCCGAAGACAUCUUUCCGAGUCUUCUUAUGGAGGCUUUGAAUUCCCAUACAUUGUUGGAACAUUAAGAGCUUAUCAAUUUGUCUGCUGCUUAUUACAAAUACUGAUGAUAUAUUGUGAAUCGGGAAGUAUAGACAUGAUUUCUUUUAUAUACUAUAACCUCAUAUGUAUUACGUACACACUUCACGUUUUCAGAAGAUGGUACUUGAAUAUUGAUGGUCGCUUCGAUUUACGUCAGUUGAUACGUGAACCAGGAAACACAGAAAAAAUUCAGUACUCAAUUGCACUGUUCACGCCAACCUUUUUAAGUUUUCUCAUAUUCAUCUCCGUACGACUUCAUAACAAUUUUAUCAAGUUUUUCUUGGCAAUAACAUGUAUCGUCGAGAUUAUACUAGCUAAUACAUUGCUUUUUCUCGAGUUCUAUGAGGUAUUUGUACUCGAAAAUUAA